AUAUGGUAUGUAAGGAAAGCAUAUUACAUAUAUAAUCUGUUUAUCCACAUAUAAUACCAUAAAAGUCGUCUGGCACCUUGGUAUCCUCCACUAAAAUGCCUCCAAAAUAGCAUCUCUAACGAGCCAGGAAACUUCUCACGAUUUCCACCUCGGUCUAUGUGACGUCACGUCAUGCCUGCCCUCUCAUUAUGUUCCCCGGAUGUUCCACAUAAAAUCAUACACAGAGCUCCAGAAAAUGUUUUCCUUUUUUUUUCAAAAGUUAAAAACUCAGCUAAAUAAUGGUUGUGUACAUAUUCCUUUGCCUUAUAUAUAUCGCUGAUAUAAUAAAUAAUAAUUAUCGGGCUUACGAUUUCGAAAUAUUUGCGGAAACAUUCUUUUAUGUCACAUUUUCUUCACUCAUUUUUAUUUUUUUUUGUGUUGAAAUCUUUGAACGUUCGUGUGCCGAAGACCGGCCUGACUUUGAAAGUAGAUCCGGUCGAUUGCUUUCCCCCAAGCUCUACGUACACGUGCGGUGUUUGUUUACAUUUGUUUCGACUCUCGCUUUCUGCUUUAUACGGGAUCACGCGCUAGAAUGGAACAGAACGAUCUUUUUAUGGAUUUUGAGGACUUUCAAGAGGAAGGUGAAGAGGAAAGUGAUGAAGAGAGCUACGAUGACGACGGUAGUUGGGAGGACGCGUCAACGAGUGAGGAAGGAGAAGACGAUGGAGAAAUCGGAGAAGAGGGAGUCGUUGACGAGGACUAUAACGCUCCUAUGCCAGCCGCAGCCACCGAGGCCAGCGCCAGGGGAACGGCCCGCCUAGGAGCCGAGGGAGCACCCGAUGUUCCGCAACCGUAUCUCCAUGAACCACCACCGAGACAAGAUGACGAUGAUGAUGGCCUUUUUAACGACGGAGAUGCUCCCCGGGAUGUCGAUCCUCAUCGGUUAAUGAAUAAUGAUUGGUGUCUAUGUGGUGGCCACUGCAGGGUGGAACCUUCAUUCUCUGCAGGUGACUGCACAUGUUGCAGGGAGAUUCCUGAAGUUUCAUUUGAAACGGACGCUUUAGGCGUAGACUGUCUCACUACAACAGAGGCGUUUGAGUCAGCCAUCCUGAACCCAAUAUCUUUAUAUAUUGGAUGGAUGGAGUACACGGACAGGUGGAGGCGAGCAGCCAGGGCCUUUGGUAACCGAAACAAUGAGAAAUACAGAUAUGUGGCUUAUAGAAAAGUUGUCCGCUGGUGUUGGGGUUUUCUCGGCAAAGACAUAAGGGUGCAACUACCUGCCUGCAUACACUCAAAAAUCAUGCGAGCCUAUCCUGAUGGUGCUGGAAUUUACAGGGGGACAGUUCUGCGAGUAUUGAGAAGAUAAAUGACUUAUGUAUAUAUAUAUCAUAAUUUUGUUUUGGCAGUUUUUUGCUACGUUUCAGCACUCAAAAUGCAAAGCUCUGUACAUUGAUCAGUAUUUGAAGAUGCCAUCCAUUAAAUUUUAAAUGUUUGAAAGUGUACUUACAUGAACCCUAUAUAUGUACCUUCACUCACAUGUAGUUAUCUUCUGAUUUUGAUGUUACUUACAUCAGUGUGCAUGUCUCUCUAUACUGUAUAAUAUAAUGAGUUAAAUUGACUGUAUAGAUGCAUUGUUCAUUCUGCAUGUAGAACUGGUUUCUACUUACUAAAUUUGUUAUUUGUUUAAGUGGAUUUGGAAUUCAGAGUUUUCAAGACAUGUUCGGACCUUAGGAGUUACAUUAUUUGAUAUGUCAUAUUAUCAAGUACAGUUCAUUAUUUUCCUUGUUUUGAUUAUUAUCAUUAGCAUUAGGCCUACAUGUAUGAUUUAUCUUUAUAGGAAAAUAUUUACAUGUCUCAUCUAUUGGAAAUCAAAAUGUAAAUGGUUUGCAGGUGAAAAAAUCCUGCAUUUGAUGGUUUUUAAUAAUUAUUUUUUAGAAUUAUAUAUAGUAACAAUUGUAAAUAUAAUAAGGAUACAUUGUACAGGUGAAGUUACUUGUCGAAUGGUCAUUCUGUAUUGACGUACAUGUAGCUGUGCAGAUAUUGAUUUUUAGUCCAUUAUCUGUUUCAAAAUAUUGAGUUAUAUAUGUUUAAUUCCUGUAUGGAAAGCAAUGUUUUUGUGUUGCAUCUUCAUACCAUGAGAACAUACAUUUAUUCCCAUCUCAGAGUGUAAUUCAGAGUAAAAUUGUUUUUAAAGAAGUUUCAUUAGACAAAAACAUUAGUUAAUGGGUUUAUGGACUUGCACAAUGUAUUCUAACUUCGUCAUCUUCAUCAGUUUGUUAUUGCUUAGCUGUUUGGGUGCCUGGUAAAUAAUGUAAUGUCUUUUCUUCCUGUUGCAGAUAUUGAUAAAUGAAGUCAUUUAAUUGUUUAAAAGGCCAUAUAUCUUUUACAACUGUACUUGUAUUUUGAAUUCAAAAUAAUUUGAAAUGUAUUGGAUCGAACUAUCUUGGUAUAUGCCUUCUGUGAUUGUAAUAUUGAACUAUGGUCCAUGUAUAUUUUGCUUUAUUU